GGAUUGGCUGAGGCCUCCUGUGCGCCGGAAGGAGCCACCCGCAGCCAGCAUAGAGCACGUGGUCCCUGCCCUCCGGGCGCCUCCAGUCUAGCCCGAUAGACUUGGUAGGGGGCUGCCCAGCGUGGAAAGAGCUCUGGACUAGGCGGGCGGUGCGGCAGAAACUCCGGACAGCACAUUCGAGAUGCCAGAGUCUGAGGAUUUGACCCAGCUUCGGGAAAUGAAUCUCCAGCUCCUCCGGCAGCUGCGGCUGGGGCAGGAGGAGAUCCGGAAGUCUGUGGCCUGGGCCAGGGGGGCAGCCCAGCAGUUCCCAAAGCCCAGGAAUGAGGAGGGGAGCAGCCUCCACACACCCGAGGCCUGGUGCAGCAAAGAUAAAGAGACCACGGUGCCAACUGAACCUCCCAGACAGUCAGUCCCCGGCCCAGCCCCUGGCACCACCACUGGGGAUGAAGUCUCAGAGCAAGAACAAAAGGGGAGCAGCCAAGAGCCAGCCCCAGAGGGUAUCGUGGCUGCCAUUGAGACUGUGCAGAGUGUGUCUCCCGCCAAGUCCCCUUCUUCCAGCCAGCCCCAGGGUCAGGAGUCCAAGGACUACCGGAAGCCCAAUUCCAGACCCACUCUAAGCUUGCCAUCUUCCCCUGAGGCUUUGGGCUUGAGGCCCAUGAUCGAUCCCCUAAUGUUCGGGGUCCAGAGGUCAUCCCUUGAAACAGAAGGCCUGGGAGGCCUGAGGUCCAACCUAACCACUCAGCAGUGGCAGAAGUUCAAGGCCUCGCAGGUGCCUCCCUGGUUUGGUUCUCAGUCCAUCACCCCGAAGCUCCGCUGGCUCCCCACCUCUGCCACCCUGCCCAGCGGACAGCUGCCCUACUGGCCGUACCAUAAGGAUGUUCGGGUUCCUGACGAGAGCUGGCGGAUGAAGCCUUACUUAGGCUAUGACGUGAUUGCAGGGUUGCUGGACACGGCUUCUCCUGUCACCCAUAAAUCUGAAAACUACUUCUCUGAACUUCAGGAUUUUCGGAAGGCUAAUAAGGAAGAAUGUAUUUCCAGAUACCCAGAGCUGGAACCUCUGGACCUAUCCUCUUCUACUAGAAACAAGCAGACCCCGGAUUCCCAUCAGUGUUUACAUUGUUACCGAGUCAACCAGCGUCUGUUCACAGUUCCCCUGCAUCCACGAGCCUCCUGCCCUGUGUGUAAAACCUCCCGCGGCCAGAAGGGGCCAGAGACCCUGGAUCGCCCCGCCCAGAUCAGAGUGAGUGUCCCCUUCUCAACCUUCCUGCCACCCCACCAGUACCCCAUUCAUCGACGAAAAAGCUUCGAUGCCUCUGACACCAUGGCCUUGCCCCGGCACUGCAUGAUGGGCUGGGACAACAUCCCUGUGCCGGCAGCCAGCAGUUCUGCCCUUAGCAGCCUGGACCUCAGGACCUCCUUAGACCCCAGUGCUCAGCAGACAGAGCCCUUAAGUCACUCCCGUUCGUCUAAGGUUUCAAGCUGGAGCUGGUCAGACCCGCUGCUCUCCAUGUCUCGAACCACGCAAUUCCAGCUGAGCAACUUUGCUGAGCGCUACUGGUCGGGUGGCAGGCGUUUCCCCCGGCCGGCCGUGAGGGCUCAUCCUGUCCCCAGCCCCGCCCUGUAGGUGGGAAGGGCCCUGGCCUUCAGGAGGAACAGGCCGGGAUUCCCCCAUCUUCGCCCCUCAUUCUCCUUCGGCCAGACUCCCAGGCUGGGAUUGUUCUGCCCACCCUCAGAAAGAGGCAUUCCCCACACUCUGUGGGGAAGACCACGGGACCCACUGUGGGAACUGCCCCUCUGGGAAGGUGCUGGCAGACUGUGGGGUGGGCUUGGGACUCAGGCCUACGCGGCCCCUGAGCCGCCAUGAGGACAGAGGCAGCGGCUGGGGCCUUUUAGAAAAUAAAACUGUGACAUCUCCCAGGGGCUUUGGCCUUCCUCCUUCUCACACAGAACUUGCAGGACUUGCCUCACAAAGUCAGUCCAUUAGCACCAAGACUCCAGAGUGGCCUCCCAGACUGACUGGGCUGCCUCACACUUGUGGGUUGUCUCAG